AAACGCCAUCUGUACGUUACUGCGAUGUAUUGAGAGGACUAGAGGAACCCUUUUGCAGCGGACGAAAUUAGUCGUGGGAUAUCACGCGGCUGUUCCUUACAGAAAAAAAAUUAUGAUGGCAAGCAAGGCUUGGAAGGUAGUCCAGCCGCAUGUGCCGAUGAUCAAGUUCCGCAAGGGUGGCAUCGAUCGCGCAGUUGCAGGCACGACAGCUGCGCCGUCUACGCGACCAGGGUCGGCGCAGAUGCAGAAGAGCGCGGGUGGUGCGACGGGCCCCCAGGUGACCGUUCUACCGACGAUAGAGGACAUUCACUUGCCACUGCGAUAUCAGAGACGGCCGAUAGAUCAGAAGGAAAUGGAAUAUAUCAAUCGUGGCGGACCAGAGUGAGUUUGCAAAGCAACUAUUUAAAAUACUGUAACUCUAUAUUUAGGUAAUUAACUUUGUUAUUGACCGAUUCGGUGUAAUGUAUUAUUAAAAUAAAUGGACGUGACAGAGAA